GGGGCGGGCAGGCUUUGAUGUCCUUGAGAGCGAUCCAGAAACACUUGGGCCCAUUAAUUACUGCAACCAACUCCCUGUUUAUCUCAACUCCAAAUUUUUAUACCAACUCGUUUUUGCGCUCCAUUCGAAAUGUCAAAGUACACCGGAAAGCUCGGCGAACUAUACAAGGCGUACUCGCGGGCAGUCAGUCUGUGGCCAGCCGACAAGCUGCGCCCGACACACAGCUACCGCGACGUGCUGAAGCGGCAAAUGACCAACAAAUUCGACAAGCUGAUAUCGGCGAUCGAGAACCUCGUGUCGAGUAAGUACCGGGCCGAGAACAAGCUCUCGGAGGCAAUCACCGAUCCGGUGUCGAACAAGGGCUACUACACGAAGCUGAUCGCAAGCAUCGACGACGCAGUAAAGCAGAACAAGAAAACGGCGCUGCGGGUGGACUAGGCUGCUAGUGUGUUGUAGGAUGGGUGAGGCUAAAUAUACGAUAAACACUAGCUUGGUGAUGAGCUGUGG